AUGCGCGCCCACAGCCAGAGCAGAAACUCUUUGGAGAGGAGAUGCAUGGCAUUAAAGACGAGCUCGCAUGAAGCUCCAUUGCCGCCGUACCUUUUUUUCAGCGACGUCGAGCAGGCUGUCGACGACUUCGAAGGCGAUCUCGUCCUGACGGCUGCGCACGUCAUCUCAGACGCGCGCGACAUUCGAGUACAGCUGCUCGCGUGUCCAGGGGCCUCGCCUGAGAAGUUCGUUGCUCGGGUAGUGGCUGUUGCGCAUGAUUGCGACUUGGCCCUGCUAGAGGUUCGAGAUAGCCGCUGCUUCGAAGGAGCUGCACCCAUGGAGCUCCUGAAGCCACAAGAAGUCCUGCCUAUGCAGUCACGCGUGCAGGUCAUGGGCUUUCCAGUCGGCGGCGACUACCUGAGCAUAACUGAGGGUGUGCUCUCUCGCGUUGAGGUGGUAGACUACUCCCACAGCCGCAGAUCAUGCUUGGCCCUGACAGUGGACGCGGCAAUCAACGCAGGGAACAGUGGCGGGCCUGUAGUUGAUCCACUGACAGGUCGAAUGACCGGCGUUGCUCACCAGAAGGUGGUUGCUCACGGCGUCGAGAAUCAAGGCCACGCAGUGCCACCCUGCCGCUGGCGCUUCCUCUACGGAGCAAUGCACGGACGAACGACUGAGAUGCCUUCGUUGGGCAUUUGCCUGCAGACCCUGGAAAGCCGCGCACACCGCGAGAAGCUUCAGUUGCAGGAAGGCGAAACUGGUGUGCUGAUUAUGGCUGUGAACCAAGGGCCAACGGACCCACCAAGCGUGCUGAAGACCGGCGACGUUUUGCUGCAGGUAGGGAAAUACAAGGUGGACAACUUUGGUGCCGUCCAAAUGUUCGGACAGCGUGUUGCUUUGAGUGCUGCACAAGAUUUGUUCUACGUCGGAGAUGCUGCGAGGCUUCUGGUGAGACGUGGCGGUGAGAUGCUGGAGCUGGAGGCAAAACUGCGGCCUUCAACGCACCUUGUGCCGCGCUGCAUCUACCGCGGCCAAGUGACUGUUGAGCCGGAGUUCUUCAUUUUCGCUGGCUUGGUUUUUACGCCGCUGAACGCUGACUUUCUGGAGCAAGCCUGGCCUCAUGCGCAGGACCGGCCCGCUCACCUCAUGGACAUGUACCACAGGGGUGUCAUGACUCCAGAGAAGAGCCAAGCUAUAAUUCUACUGAAUGUCCUGGCCGAUGAUGUGAAUGCCGGCCAUGGAACUGGCUAUGUGGGCGCUCCUUUGUUGGAGAGCGUGGCUGGCCGCCAGGUCUCCGAUAUGAGAGAGCUCGUUGCCUGCCUGCUUGACGAGGCUCAGCGCCGAGAAUUCGUGGAAAUCAACUUCCGCAUGGCCGUGGGGCCCUACACCAUGGUGCUGAAGUCCGCGGAGAUACCGGAGGCAGAAGUGAGGAUCCGAGAGUUGUACCAGCUGCCCUCCCUGGCCUCACGGAAUCUUUCACCCGCGGGAGGAGUUGUAGGCUGA